AAUCUCAGCGCACCUUCGUUGACUCUCCAGUCGAGCGCGCUGCCCCGGAGUAUCCGCUCGCCUCUCUCGGCCUCCAAAGCCCAGCGGUACCACGAUGCCGGCUUCGCCCCAGGGCAAGUGGGGCUCUACCGCCGCGCGUUUCCUCCUGGCGGUUCUUGCCAUCCAUAACAUCCAUUACACCCUGGGCAAUGACAUCAUUGUACAUAAGAAUCAACCCAAGAGAAGCAAGCAGGAUUGGGAUCCUUCCAGUAGUUUGCGUCCAUUGCGUCGUACAAAACGGAGAUGGGUGAUUACUACUAUUGAACUUGAAGAAGAAGGCAGAGGACCCUUCCCCAAAAUGAUUGGAGAGCUCUUCAAUAAAGCAUCCCAAAAUACAUCCAUAAAAUAUUCAAUUAGUGGACCUGGUGUGGAUGAAUUUCCGGAAUAUGGAUUGUUUUCUAUCGAGGAUGAUGCCAGAGGCCUUGUAUAUGUGCAUCAUUCCAUAGAUCGAGAGAGGACGCCCUCUUUUCCAAUACGUUUUGAUGUUCAUGAUAGAAAGACUGGAGCAAUACUAGACAGUUCCUUGUUCUUCAACAUUCAGAUUAAAGAUAUAAAUGACAAUGCUCCUGAAUUUCUCCAAAAGGAAUUUAACAUUAAUAUAAAAGAAAAUCACAACAAAAAGGAACCUGUUUUCAAAGUCAUAGCAGUGGAUAAGGACCAAGAAGACACUGCAAAUUCUGAAGUGGUAUUUUGCCUGGUCUCACAAACCCCUGAACUAAAGCCUCUUCUUUUCACCAUUGAUUCCACUAGUGGCUUAAUAUACAUUACACAAUGCUUGGAUUAUGAGACCAAUAGGAAUUUCAGACUUGUGAUUAGGGCUUCAGACCGUGGUUCUCCAUCCUUAUCGUCAACUGCAACAAUCAAUAUUUCCAUGGAAGAUUCUAACAACAAUUUGCCUGUAUUCACUCAAGAAAAUUAUUAUGCAGACAUCCCAGAAGGUAAAACCAAAGAUAAUAUCCUUCGCCUCAAGGUGGAAGACAAAGAUAGUCCUAAUACACCUGCUUGGAGAGCUGAGUAUACCAUAAAGAAAGGAAAUGAAAGAGGAAACUUUGCCAUUGUGACAGAUCCCAAAACUAAUGAAGGUGUUUUAAGUGUUAUCAAGCCUUUGGUCUACAGUACACCUUCUGAGAGAAGACUUCUCAUUGUUGUGAAGAAUGAAGAGUCCUUCUUUAUAUGCCAGAGAGGCUUUGUGAACACGAAUGCUUCUCCACAAUUGCCUGAAGUGUCAGUGAGCAUUAAUAUCACUGAUGAAAACAAUGCCCCUCAGUUCAAUCCUCCAAUUCUUAAACUUUCUCAACAAGAAGGGGUGAUGCCAGGAACCAAACUUGUACAAUAUGAAGCUCAGGAUCCAGACACAGGACAACACAAAAUAAAAUAUAAAGUAGUGUCAGAUCCAGCUGGUUGGGUGACGAUCGAUGAAAAUUCUGGAAUUGUGACAGCUGCAAAAACUCUUGACAGAGAAUCCCCAUUUGUGAACAACAACACGUACACCGUUGUGAUUCAUGCCACUGAUGAUGGUGUUCCACCAUUAACUGGCACGGGUACCAUUCAACUUUACCUUUCUGACCUGAAUGACAAUGCUCCAAUGCUAGUUACAACAUCCUUGACCAUCUGUGAGGGAAAUGAAACGGGUCCUUUUCAUAUAGAAGCUGAGGACAGAGACUCCUAUCCAUACGCAGAACCUUUUACGUUCCAAUUGGAAGAUGCCUUAGAGGGUACCGAAAAACUCUGGAGGCUGGGAGAGAGCACUGUGGGCCUGGCGCUCCUGUUGUGUUCCUGCAUCUCUGAAGAGAAGGAAGCACCUACAUUCAUUCCAUACGGAGCAGGCAACCAAUCCCUGAUCCACUACAAUGAGGAGAGUGAACAUGUUUUGAAUGUACCUGACUCAGGGAACCAAGGAACAGCAUCCUCAGUAUAUGCAAAAAUUGCGAAGGAGAAACCACAAGCUCUUGAGAAUGUCUCUGCAGUGAUGCAAAUGAAUCCUAUAGAAAACCAACAACAUCCUAAUGGAAACGUAACCUCUCCCUUCAACACUAUCAAAGCUUGGAAUCAGCAACUGUUCUUCAUAUGUUCUUCAUAUAAUAAAUUCUGUAUUUCCUUUUGUUCUCUAAAGAAUGUCUCUGCAGUGAUGCAAAUGAAUCCUAUAGAAAACCAACAACAUCCUAAUGGAAACGUAACCUCUCCCUUCAACACUAUCAAAGCUUGGAAUCAGCUGGAGCCUUUGAACCAUCAGAACAUUAAAACAUACAAGAUAAAUCCACUUGAGAAGAUUUCAGAAAUAGUAGCUGUUGCCUUGAAACAAAAAUGUGAAGACAUGGCCAACAUGGAGGAUAAUAUAGUUUCUUAUGCGCCAUGUGUUUAUGCAAGUGAAGGAGCAUUGGAAAAAAACUAUUCUUCCUGGUCCCUUUCCAUCCUAGAAGAUGACAAAAACAGCCUGCCUGAAGAUUUCCUGGGUGUCCUGGAACCUAGAUUUAUUCCUCUUGCAAAAAUAUGCAGUAAAUGAUUGUCAUUUUUGGCCUCUUUUUAACAAGACUUUUCUAAAUUAAUUUGCCACAGGACUUCUUUUAUAUGCUAAAGAAAGGUUUUAUAUGCUCCAGAAAGGUUCAUAUUGUAUGCCUAUUGAGUGAAUGAGAGAAUAAACUCAUUCUGAGGACUCAUGUUCAGGUCAUUAGAAAACUUUUUCUUUGAGACUAGAUGGAGUCUGUGGAGAGGUAGAAGAUAAGUUCCAAUUUUAACUGUUCAGUUACGGCAUCAUUCAUUUGUCCUCCAUGAUUGACUGCUUACCCAUAGCCAUCUUGAGUCAUUAUUUAUGUGCAGUGAGAAUCUUAUGUGCAAAAAGAUGGAAACAUGCUAAUUCCCACAAUGGAAGAUUGGAUGGUAAAAGUGAUCGAAGUAUCAAAACUGAUUUUUGGCAGAGGUAGCAAAACUGAUCGUUUUAAUUAGAGAGAAGAAUUUGUCUAGUUUCAUUCUACUUGGAAAGCGUUUCUGGACUUUUUCCUUCAAUUCUGAACAAAAAAAAAGAUUAUUUU